AUGUUGGUUCUAUUGCUGUGCUUAGGGGCGAUUGUGAGUGCUCAGGGCGCGGAGUAUUUCGAGAACUUCUACAACGAGAUUGACAUAGAAGAUGAGCAGGCGGAGGCAAAGACCCGUAAUGCUCUGCAGUCGAAAUGGCAACGUUGGCCAAGUCCUACGCUCUACUAUCGCAUUUCCAGUGAUUAUAGUGAGGAUGAGAAGGAUAAUGUGAGGAAUGCUCUGGAAAUAUUCAACGACCAGACUUGCCUGCAAUUUGAGGAAGUUUCUGGAACGCCACCAGCCGGUCGACGUCUUGUCCACUACAAGAAAUCUACCAAAUUUUGUGGUACCAAAGUGGGCUAUAAUCCAAUACCCCUAUUUGGGGGUGCCUCGCAUGAUGUCCAGCUCACCGAGAGCUGUCUGAGCAAAGUGGGCAUCAUACAACAUGAGACUCUCCAUGUCCUGGGACUGUACCAUGAGCAGAGUCGUCCCGACCGGGAUGAUUAUGUUGUUGUCGAUUACGAUAACAUUCCUCGCAAAUAUUGGUCACAAUUUAUGGCCAUGUCGGAGUCAACCACGACCACCUACAAUGUGCCGUAUGACUUUGAGAGCGUCAUGCAUUAUCCUAAGAAUGCCUUUGCCAAGGAUCCAAGUAAGCCCACAAUCCGUGCUCUGGUCAGUGGAGAGCCCAUGGAACGAGAGAUGGGUCAGGUAUUGGCUCCAUCUGAGGGCGAUUUGAUCAAAGUACGUAAGAUGUAUUGUGAGCCAGACAAUUAA